CCUUCCCCUCCGUCUCCCCGAACCACCCUUAGAUAAACCCCUCGACUGCAGGAAGCAGACCGGCCGAUAAAUUUUGCAUUCAGACGGCCAGGCUUCUGCUGUCUCGAUCCAAGAUGCAGUCCGGAAUCUCAGUCUCCCAAGAGCUUCACGAUGCCUUCAAAACCUUCGUUUCCGAUACCUCGAUCUUCUGUCUCCCUGUGACAAUCAAGUCGGAAAGCCUGUCCCCUCUUCCCACGGUUCCCUUCGCCUCCCCGAACGCCUUCUACCCCUCCCUGUCCCAACUUUCGUCCGUCCUUGAACCCAAAACCCCCAUCUAUCUCCUGCUUCGUCGUCCGGAGGACGGAUCAUCCUCUCUUAUUGCUUUGACCUAUAUUCCUUCCAAUGCCGGUGUGCGCGCCAAGACUCUCUUCGCCUCAACCCGCGCCACGUUGGCUAGGGAACUAGGCACGGAGAAGUUCAGCUCGACUAUCUUCGCUACGGAUGAAGAUGAGGUUACUGGUGAGGCUGCAUGGCGUGAGCGGGAUGCAGAGAAGAAGGGUACCGCGGGCGGUUUCCGGCGUGAGGAUCUGAUGGGCGAGAAGGAGCGGGAGUUGGACGCCGUGCGGAGAGCCGAAGAGGAGGCUAGAAACGGCACCCCAAGUAGAGAUAUUGGUAUCGGAGGCACAUUCAACAGGGGAAACCCAUUCGGUGGUGCAUCCGUCCAGAUGCGUGUGGCUGAUGAUGUGAAGCAGGCCCUCGAAGGGCUGCAGCAGAGUGGGCUGGUACAGCUGGCCAUUGACGUUCCCACGGAGGCGUUCAAGGUUGCUGUCGCCGAGUCCGGGGUCGAGCCGAACUCGGUCGAGUCCCACAUCCCUCCGUCUUCCCCGCGGUACACGUUUUAUCACUAUCCCGACUCCGAUGCGGUGAUCUUCAUCUAUACCUGUCCCUCCGGUUCGUCGAUCAGAGAGCGUAUGCUGUACGCCAGUUCCCGGAUGCAUGCACUCACUAUGGCUGGCGAGCAAGGCCUGAAGAUCUCUAAGAAGAUCGAGGCAUCUUCUCCCGACGAGAUCACGGGUGAAAGGCUGCAUGAAGAAGUGCACCCACCACAGGACAACGGGCCCAGCCGGGGAUUCGCCAGACCGAGACGGCCGGGACGGUAAAUUUUUGGGGACGACUCGUAACCUCUGUAUAUCUCGCAUUAUGACAUCGACAGUAUAUAGCCCCGGGCACCUGUGACCGAACUCCGCUGGUAUCAUCCUAUCUCUGUAGCUGCAACAUCCGUUCAAAUUC